ACGAGACGCGACAAGGGGAAAAGGACCUCCGCGUGACGUCAACGAAAAGAGCCUGAGACGGGUGCGCAAGAGCAACACACACAGAAACCUGGAGCCUUUUGUUUAAAUUAAAGCGAAAUUAGAGCCAUGCCGAAAGUGAAGAGGAGUAGAAAGCCGCCUCCGGACGGCUGGGAGCUCAUUGAGCCCACUCUGGACGAGCUGGACCAGAAAAUGAGAGAAGCUGAGACGGAGCCUCACGAGGGGAAGAGGAAGGUGGAGUCGCUGUGGCCCAUCUUCAGGCUGCACCACCAGAGGAGCCGCUACAUCUUCGACCUCUUCUACAAAAGAAAGGCCAUCAGCAGAGAGCUGUAUGAGUACUGCAUAAAAGAAGGCUACGCAGACAAGAACCUGAUUGCAAAGUGGAAGAAGCAGGGCUACGAGAACCUGUGCUGCCUUCGCUGCAUCCAGACAAGAGACACCAACUUUGGAACCAACUGCAUCUGCCGAGUCCCCAAGAGCAAGCUGGAAGUUGGAAGGAUCAUCGAGUGCACCCACUGUGGAUGCAGAGGAUGCUCCGGCUGAGCGGGCGUUUGGCCAUCAGGGCUAUUUUCCAUGGGACAUCAGGGCUCAUCCAACCUCCACGUGUGCUCUCACAACCCUGGAGCGAGAUUGUGUGAAACACAGCGACCUGAACCAGAAACAAACCACCAACAUCUUCACCGUCAUCCCCACCUGCAGCUGUAGGGCUCAUUAUUUGGCCGUGCUCACAGGCAUUUUAAUAUUCAAAAUCUGAUCCUCAUUUUUCCAUUGCUGUCAGCUGAUCUCAGAUGUUGUAUGAUUUGACAGGUGGGAGGAUUUUCUCAUUUAUUUGCAAACUGUUCAGUCAGUUUUUUUUUUUGUUUUUUUUUUUGGUAAUAUUUGACUAAUGCCUCCCUGUCCAAAACCUCAACUUAGGAACUAAGGGUCCAGCAGGAGUUGUUUCUGAAUCAGGUCUGCCAUUCCAGCUGUUCAGUGUACACUGUGAAGGUGCUGUUGUAUUUUAUUUUAUUAUUAUUAUUUUUUAAAUUUCAUUUAGAGAGGGACGGGAGGGAGUAGAGAGGAUUGUCGUUUAAUGUGUCAUUGCUUUAAAACUCAAAACUUUUUUUCCUUAUCCUUGUACUAUAACUUGAAAUAAAAUACUUCUGAUUUAAAUGCU